GUGGGUGCUGGUGUGUGAUGUAAUGGUGUGAGGUAAGGCGUGAGGUUUUGCGGUGGUGUAGUGGUGUGGUGUGCGUGGUGUAGCGUGGCGCGGCGUGGUGGGUGUGGGAGGUGUGGGCGGGGAGGCACAAGUGAUGGUGGUGGUAGCGGCGCGGACGAGCGAAGCAGCAGCAGCAGCAGCAGCAGCAGCUGUGGCUUGGGCUGGCGUUCAGUGUCACUGGUGAGGUCGUCGUGGGAGCCGCGCGCCAGUGUAGCCGUGGAGAGUGGCGGCACGUGCUGUGUUAGUGGAGUGCGGCAGCCGUGUGAGGCGUCACUGGGCAGCGCGAGGACAGCCGGGGUCUCGCCGCACGCUGCCGGCGCGGGGGAAGGGCUAAGCUCCUCGGGGGUGUUGGUUGGGCGGCCGUGUUUACAUGAUGACGGUGGCGGAGGCGGAGUUGGUGAGGCGGGCCGCGGAAAAGGGACGGAGCGCGUCAUUCUGCGCUCCGUCCCAGCCGCUGUCCACCCUCCACGCCGCCCAUUCCUCCUCGGAUAUCACCAUGGACGCCCGCGCCCAAGCCGCGGCCGCCCUCGUCCAGACGUCGCAGCAGCAGCAGCAACAGCAGGCGUCAUCCAGUCCGCGUUCGAGGCUGAAGGCGUCACACGCCGCCCGCCGCUCACAGUCGUGCCGCGUGCAGGGUUCCAGGCCGCCCCGCGUCCGGCGGCAGGAGUCUCCCCGGAGCUCGGAGCCCAGGUUCGAGUUGGACGCCGACGCCACCGCUGCCUUCACCCACGCCACGCCUGAGGACGCCUCCACCUCGUACAACCCCUUCCUGCGCAAAGUUCCCUCCUGCGGCCGUCUGGUGACGCUGACGCCAGAAUGCGGCAGCGAGGACGCCGACAGCUCGCCGGUGCUCCGCCGCUCGGCCUCCGCCCGCCGCCCCUCCACACGCCCGCCCACAGCCUCGUCUCCCAACCAUUCGCCCACGCCCACGCGUGUCACCCGUCCACCCCAGAACACCCGUCAGUCGGGCAAGAAGGCCCCUGGGCUGGUCAGCCGCGGGUCGCGCCGCAGCGCCACAGGCGGCGGCGGCGGCGCCGCCGCGGGCUUCCUCGACGUGAAGCCCUCGGGCUCCAACGAGGGAAUCGACCCUGAUUCUUACCUUCUGAGGAACUUCUCCACCACCACUAAAGCUUACGGAAGGAGUCCUCGCAUCAUCAAUAGGGGGGACUCGUUUCGCCGGCGCAGGUCAAGGAGUAAUAGUAUUCAGCCCCCCCAUGACCUGCCCCCCAACAGCGGCACGCCCCCCACCAUCACUCCCCUCAACGCCCUGGACCUCAUCUCGCCCCCUCUCACUCCUGACCACAUACUCACCUCCACUACUUCACAGGUGGCCACGCCGGAGUCAGUGGAGGAAGUCGAGCCAGUGUCCAGCUUCCGUAUGGUGAUCUUGGGAGCCGCCGGGGUGGGGAAGACAGCGCUGAUCCACCAGUUCAAGACCUCGGAGUGCAUCAAUGCCUACGACUGCUCCACUAGCAAUGACGAGACGGAACAGUCCAUCUCCAUUCUGCUCAACAACCAGGAGUCUGAAAUUGUGUUCGUCAACAUAUCAACACCUCAGGAGCUUCAGGCGGAGCUGAACCGGCCCAGCCUGCCGGAGGGGUGGCUGCUCAUGUACAGCAUCACAGACAAGGCGUCCUUCCAGCGGUGCAGCGAAGAUCUAACCCGCCUGCACAGCCAGGGCGCGCUGCGGGGCCGUGCCAUCAUCCUGGCCGCCAACAAGUGUGAACUGGUCAGGUCACGUGCUGUCUCUGUUGAUGAUGGCCGAGACUUGGCGUGCAGCUACAAUGCCAAGUUCAUGGAGAUUAGUGUCGGCAUCAACCACAAGUGUGACGACCUCCUGGUGGGCAUCCUCAACCAACUGAGGCUGCGUGGCGAGGCGGAGGCCACAGAGGAGGAGGAAGCACCCAAGGAGAGGAGCUGGACUAGGAACCGCAGCCUGAUGAGGGCGUCAAUGAAGGCCAAGCGAGUCAUCAACAGAAUCAUGGGCAAGACAGAAGCAAAAUACAAAAGCUGUGAGGACUUCCAGAGCUAGUGAGCCCCGAGUCACCCCCCAACCCCCACCUGACACACCACACCCCCCAGGCCUUAUGUACCUUCGCAUUGGGGCAUCCUGCACUGCCCUGCCUCACCCUGCCUGCUGCUGCUGCCCUUCAGUGACCCCAGUGUCUGUAUGUGUGUGUGUGUGUGUGUGUGUGUGUGUGUGUGUGUGUGUGUGUGUGUGUGUGCAUGCAUGCAUGCAUGAAUGAACCUCACAGACUUGAGCAGCUUGGUGUACACAGACUGGCUGGAGGUGUACAUGUCAGAUUCACACACACAUACACACACACACACACACACACACACACUACUUGUAAGACUCACUAGGAUGAUCUGAAGUAAAACAUCUAUUACCUCAGCUUGAAAAUAUAGUAACCGUAGCAAUUUUUUUGUUGUUUUCCCGAGCUUAUUUGUUGAGAUGGCUUAUUAUCAUGUCUCAAUCAGUCUCGUCUAUAAAUAACUGCUAAUUAUGGCUCUAUGUGUCAUUUUGCAGUGAUGGAUGAGGUUUUGUAAGGGUUUUCUAGUCAAUGUGUUAACCUGCUGAUGAUGAUGAUGAUGAUAUAUGUACUAGGAGGGUCUAUGUGAGUGCUUCAGCCCCUCACUCCAUCAGGCACUGUGUUGGUUACCUUACAGGAGCUGUGUUUGUAAAUGUUUCAGUGUUUUAUCUCACUUAACAUGGUCUUGUGGAUGUUGGUGGGGUUCUCAAGAGUGUUUUUCAUGUUCUUGUGAUUGUUUGAUAUGAACUAGUGGAAAAUGGCCUUUAACUUAGGUUUUUCAAGGAUUUUCAUGGUUCUAGUGAGAGUUUAGCAGGCUGUAAUGGAAGUUGUUGUUUUUUUUUUUUUCAAAGGUGUUUUUCAUGAUUCCUGUAAUAGCUUGACAGGAAGCUUGAAGUGGAAGAGACUUUUAAGAGUGGAUAAUUUUUGAUGAGUCUUGUGAUAGUUUAACAAGAUCUAAUAAAAGUGAAGUUUUCAAGGGUGGAUUUUUUUUUUUUUUUUUAUAACUGAUAGUUUAGUAGGUUUAAAUGAAUGAUAUCAAGGUUUUCAUGAUUUUAAUGAUGGCUUAAUUGGCUGUAAUGAAAGGUGUUAAGGUUUUCAAGAGUGUUUGGGUGUUUUUAUGAAUCUUGUGAUAGGUUAGCAGGCUCUAAUAGAAAAAAAAUGGAAGCUUUCAUGGGUGUUUUUUAUGGUUCCAAUGAUAGUUUUGCAGGAUCUCGUGUAAAUGAUUGGGCUUUUAAGGGUGUUUUCAUGGUUCCAGUGAUAGUUUUACAGGCUCUAGUGGGGAAAAAAAAAUGGGGUUUUCAAAGGUGUUUUCAUGGUUUAGCAGGCUCUUGUGGAAACAGUUGGGAAUUUUUCAGGGGUGUUUUCAUGAUUCUAGUGAUAGUUUGAAAAAAAAUACAUACACCAUGAAUAAGAAGAAACAUCCACGAGAACCCAAACAACAUCUAUGUGAUCCGUAAAAGAAAAAAAAAAAAAAAAAAAGUUGUGAUUGGAGACUAAAGCACUUCAAAACACAGCUCCAAAACACACAGUCCCUCAUUACACUUAAGAUUCCGCCUCUCAUCUUCCUUAGCGAGUGACUUAUAAAGCUUAGAGUGCACCAUGAGACUUAAAGUGGCUGGCGAUCUUUCUUGUCUCUCUCAUGUUUCUCUCUCUUGUGUUUACUGGUUCAUUUUCCUACCCCUUCCCCUGGUGUCCCAUUUUCUAUGUUCCUGGCUUAGUGAGAGGGCAAGCAGACAGUAUUAUAUAGUGUGUGUGUGUGUGUGUGUGUGUGUGUGUGUGUGUGUGUGUGUGUGUGUGUGUGUGUAGAUGAUAUUCCAAAACAAGAGCAAUAAGUAUUAAUAAUUCUUCAGUAUUUUGUGUGUAUGAGAGAGAGAGAGAGAGAGAGAGAGAGAGAGAGAGAGAGAGAGAGAGAGAACACUAUUGCUGCUUCAUCUAUUAGUAUCAACAUAUAUACAUACAUACAUACAUAUAUUAUACAUAAAUGAAUGCGUGAUAUAUUCAUGUAGGUGUGUAUUGUGACUUUCCCACGUAUGUGUGUGUGUGUAUACAUGUUUUUGUAUGUACAUGAGUGAUAGAUGCAUUUGUAUUUGUAGUUACCCAGAGAGGAAAGAAAAAAAUAAUCACCACACAACUUAGUACCAAUGUGGGAAGUGAACUGAAAUUAGAGGCAUAUUAUUUUAGAGCAUUUUAUAUGAGAGACAUUUAAACAACUUCACCAUUUUUGUAACUAUAGACAUUUAGCAGUGAAUCAAUUACUAUGAUAUUGUAGUGUAUCAUAGCAACUCUCUUGUCUGCUCCCUGGCCCUCACACAGCAGUACUCAAUGACUGAAAGAAAAUAUAUUCCCUCUCUUGUUUAAAAAGGUCCAUUUCAGCAAAGACGAAGUGAAAUGACUCUUGAACAUGUUUUACUUUAGUUUAACAUAAUGAAUGAAGAAAUUUAUUGUUCAUAUAUUCCCUCUCAUAGUCAUUUAGAGGCAAAACCUAAAUGAACUGUCUAAAUAUUCUCUCAUCAACUUUAAAAGGUCCAUUUCAGCAAAGACUUGAAGUGAAAUGACUGUAAUACACAGUUACUUUAGUUUAACAUAUGAGAGAGAGAAGCAAAUCAUCUAUAUAUUCCUUCUCAUAGACACUGAGAGGCAAAAACUAAAUGACUGUAGCAUAUGACUCACAAAUCAGACUAUUAGUACUUUGCAUGAGUUCCCACAUAUCAAGUAGCAGAAGCAGACCUUUCCAGACACAGGCAUAUCAGACCAGACACAUCUCAAGGGAGGGAUAAAUGAACAAAGCAGGUUUUCUACUCUGCCACUUUUAUCACCAAUGCAGGAUUGACUGAAGACUUCUUUGCAUCAACAUAUCAAAAAAAAACGUUCAAAAUUUUCAUACCCAUAUCAGGAAAGUGAAGGAAGGAAGGGAGCAAGGCAGCCCCACCUCCUCACAUAUCACAGUCACUGAUAUAAAAAUCAACAUUAUUUACACACACACUGACCCCAGAGUUUUGUCCCUUGGUGUUCAAACCCACGAUAGCAGUAUGGAUCAACUGUUUACCACGUUAUACAUCCAUGCAUUCAUAUUCCCCAUGUAUGUGAGGAGUGCUGACUCGUAUCCCAACACGAAUUAUUGUACGAUAGACAAUGUAUAUCUGUAAGUGUUUUUAGCGGCGGUGACGACGGCCUCUGUAUAUACUAAACACAAACCAGGGCUUCCCAAUGUUCGUUAUCGAUGAUGUUCGCUCCAGCGCUCAGCUUAGGAAUUACUACAUAAGUGUCAUACCACAGCACAUAUAACAAGGUCAGUGUUUUGUACACACCACAUCCUUAUUUAUUUGUGGCCAAAAGAAUGCUAGUCAUACGUAUCUGUAGAAAUUUUAUACCGCUUGUAACCUUUAAUUUUUCGUUACAUUUCGUCGUUCCCUGUUCCUCUCUUCCCGACCGUUCCUCCAGCCUCACGAACCAAAUGUUUAGGGAGUUAAGGAUCUCCUGAACCUCACAUAGGCUUGGCAGAUCCCCAGAUGAGCCCAACAUUGCAUAGAGACCCUGAACAUUUGGCAAGUGACAUCGGAGGUGAAUGAUAAUGUUUGCUGGUGACCACAAUGCCUCAAUAAGUCCUGAUUCCUCUUAUCUGAGUAAAGGGACGCAGUGCUAUAGACCAUUAGAUAAUAAUCUUUAAUCUAGAAACUUGUACUGACUUGUAUCAACUUGUACUGAUGAUGCCCAAGGAGGAGUGUAGUGUAAGUGUAGAUGAAUUUAUACUAUGGUGAGUGUGUCGGAACGCUGCCUGUGUAAAUACAAACCCUGGACCCUUGUAGGAACACCAGCGAGUGAUGCUUAGAUUAGCUAAUGUCAUCUCAGGAAUAACCAGAAGAAAAGACAAAGAAAUUGUAGCUGGAAGAAAAGUUAAAAUUAGUGUCUUUUGAACCUUGUCUCUCCCUGAAUCCUUUUCCUUCACUUUCUUCCUUCCUUUCUUGCUUACCAUUUCUCUUCUUUCAUCCCUUCUUCUCCUAACUAAAAAGAUGAGAAUAAGAAAAAUGGUGAAAUGGAUGAAUAUUUGUAGUGAUAUCUGGCUCUCUCAUCCUUUCUUGUAUCUGUAAAGAAAAGGUGAAAAAAGAAGAAAAGCUUGUAAAUUGUAACUUUCUCAUUUUCUUUCUGUACCUUCUCCUUUAGUCCUCUCUUCCCUAUACUAAUUUGUCCUUCCCUCCUUCCUUCCUUCCUUCCUUCAUUCCUUCCUUCCUUCCCCACUUUUCUUCCUUUAGCCUCAUUAUUUUACCUUCCUUUCCUCCUUUCCUUCCCUCUUUUCCUCCCUUUCACUUCAAUGUUUUCCUUUCUUCUUUCCUUCCCAGCUUCCUCCCUUUCUUUCCCUCUUUUCCUUCCUUUCACCUCAUUGUCUCCCUCCUUCCUUUUUUCCUUCCUUCCCUUCUCUCUUUUCCAUCUUUUCACCUAAAUAUUUACCCUCUUUCCCUCCCUCUUUAUUUCCUUUUGUUCUUUCCUUUUCCUCAUCUUCCCCUCCUUCCUUCCCUCCUUAUCUCCCUUUUACCCAGCAUUUCAUCCUUUUCACCUUUCCACUCCUUCCUCUUUUUCCUCCAUUCAGCCUCAUCCCUUCCUGUCCUUUCUUUCCUCGUGGUGAGCCUCUGGUCUUCUGGCGUGGUGAACGAGUCUCUAAGAAUCACAGUGGCCUUCAGGCAAAAGUUAUGUCCCCUUAGCAGCCUGGCGCUCCUCAAUACUGGUGGUGGCUGUCUUGAUAUUCGUCGUCAUCCUCUUCCUCCUCCUCCUCCUCCUCCUCCUCCUCCUCCUCCUCCUCCUCUUUUUCCUUGAAUCAAAUGUCUUAAUGUGCAGUCUUUGUGUGCUUUGUCACAUUACUAUUAUUACUUGUGCUUCAGUGAGGAGGGUGUGUGUGUGUGUGUGUGUGUGUGUGUGUGUGUGUGUGUGUGUGUGUGUGUGUGUGUGUGUGUGUGUGUGUGUGUGUGUCCUAAUAUUUGUCAUCUUUCUCCUCCUCCUCCUCCUCCUCCUUUUUCUUUUUCCAAUGUGCAGCCUUUAUGUAGUUCAGCAAGGAGGGUGUGUGUGUGUGUGUGUGUGUGUGUGUGUGUGUGUGUGUGUGUGUGUGUGUGUGUGUGUGUUUACCUGUUUGUAUUUUUACACCAUUGAAUCAUCAAGCUUGUCUUUUAAUACCAAACUGCAUACAUAAUAUCACAUUUCUCCUUAAACUUAUGUAUGUUGAUUGCACUCAUCACUUCUUUGGGUGUGUAUGUGUGCGUGUAUGUGUGUGUGAGUGCGUAUGUGUGUGGGUGCGCUUGAGUGGAUCUCCCAGAAGCAGCUAUUAAUAUUUCAAACACCUCACAUAAAAAAAAAUCUAGUUUCCCAUCUGUUAAAAUCCUAGUUUUCCGUCAGUCAAAACCCAACACGGCUUCAUUUUCCAAAUUUCACACUCCCAAUCCAGUCAGUCAGUCCAGUUUAGCACAUCUAUCAUACACUAUUUUUCUUCCCACACAGUUCCAUCUCCCUAAUAUCCCACAGGACAUAACACCCAGUCACUCCAGCUAGCAUAUACUGUACUAUUUCCCUUAAAACUCAGUGAACCCCAAGAGAGCAACCUAUACUGUGUGGCUGGCCCUGCAUAGCUCAUCUGUGUUUGAUUUAGUUAGUCCCUGGGAGCAUAUCUAAAGAGUGCUGUGGCCUUUACCCCCACUCUGCCACCAGGGGGAGCCGCAAGCCACCACACAGGAGCCAGAAUAGGAAUCGUGGCUCUAGAGGUGAGAGGUUGUGUUGGUGGUCCUUCCUCUCCCUCCUUCAGUGUGUGGUUCCGGCCCUCUGGUGGUGAAGUGCUGUAAAUAGAACUGUUAGGUAUUUGUAUCAUCCAAAAUACUACUACCAGCUCUCUCCAUAUCAUCUUCCUAUACUGUACUACAUCCCUGUGUCUCUCCUCCCUUCCAUAGCCCCCCUUGAGUGUAAGCAUUGCCCGUAUUGUACUAAGAUGUAUCUCUUAAGGUGUGGUAUGUUACUCUAAGCAGCCCAGGACACUUGCAAAAGAAAUGUUAAUAUACAGUUGUAAGUUUAAGCUUGUCAUGUCCACUUGCUAACGCGGAAAAACGUCGGAUUAGACAAAACAAGCAGGUUUUUUUUUCCCCUGUUAGAUGUGAGGCUGUACAGUUGUGUGUUCCCUUUGGACAGAGGUUCAGUCAGUCCCUCACCUGCCCUUGCUUGUCCUGGCCACCUCAUUUUCGAGUUCCCACGGGUGUCUUGCCUCACCUCACUGACAGGAUACACACACAUUCAAGGCAGUUAACUGAAAAUACACCCUAGAGGAAAAAUAUUAUCUUCAUGUAAUAGAGAUGAAGGAAUUGUUCAAGUUUCCACUUUUCUAUAAGUUUCUAGUCAGUGUACAGGGAAAGUAACUUACAAGAGGAAAAUAAGUAACUGAAAAAAAUCUCACUUCAAAAACAUUUUCACUUGUUGGUCUUUUUGGUGAGUUUGCAUUGACUGAACAAUGAAGGAGAGAGGCACAUAGGCAGGCUUCAUCUGAGAGUGUGUUGUGGCAGUGUAGUGUUGCUUCUCCAUUGCCUUGAGCCUCCCUGCACCAGUCACCAGAUGCUGCUGUCCAUACCAGUGUUCCAGGGGUCAUUUCCUGCCUGAAGCUCAUGGGAAAGUCAGCAGUCAGGGAUGGAAACACACACAGCUUGGGAUGUAACACUUACUGAUCAUAACUGACAUUUAGAAAUAGAAAUGCCAAAAAUGCAAGUAAUGAAUAAUGAAAAAGAUAUAUACUUAAUGAAAAAAUUUGAAUUGCAGUUAAUCAUAAUUUAUGAAUAUUCAAUUUACAAACAAAUAUCAAGUAACAUAACCCACAUGUGAAUCUAAAUAUAACUUAGUCAUGAAUCAUAAAGCACAAUUAUUCAUUUCUAAGUGACACCAUCGGCUGCAGGGAGGGAGGGAGGGAGGGAAAGAGGGACAGGCACUGGUGACAUGAGGCAGGUAGGCACCACACAACGCAGUCAUCUGAUGUCAAGUACCCAGCUGCACUCCUCUCUGCUGCUUGGUGUUGCCCCUCAUCAUGAAGUCCUUUGCCGUUUAGAAUGUCACAUCAUGUUUAGACAGUCAGCAGAUGGGAGGACUUGAGACUGAGAGGAAAUGAAGCAGUGGAAGUGGAUGCAGCAGUUUGGUUGACUUUUAACCAUGCCAGUGUGUUACUUCAGUGCUGCUUGUUGGGGUUUCCAGUCAUAAAGUGAUGAGUAAACAAGUCAUAUUCAAUCCUUCACCUUGAACUGCAUGAACUGAGGACUUGCUCUGGCCAGAUUUUGUAAUUAGUUGAAAAAAAAAUUAGGGCAAACUUUUGAAGGAAGAAAAGUUAUGGAUCUAUUGAAUUUUUACAUAAUUUGUGGAUCUGUCCAAUACUGUGGGAUUGUGAAUACUGUUUAGCAUUAUAUAUAUAUACACCCCAACCCUCCCCACCUUGUAAAAAUAUAAAUGACUUUAUGUACAUAGUGUAAAUGUAUAUAAUAUAACAAAAUAUACAUAAUAUGAAGCUGAUUACCUACUAAUACAUAAUGUGAUAUAUGUAUGUGGUCAGCCGGUGCCAUUUUGAUGUACUUAGUAGAACAAAAACAUGAAAAAUUAAUAUAUUUAAUACAGAAAAAAUAUCAAUACUGAGAAGUAAUUUUUUCUCAGCAAUAAAAAAAACUCAAAGAAUCAUGAAAAAAAAAGAUAAAUAAAUAAAAGAAUACAUUAUUAGGUGCUGAGGAUAAUAAUGACAAUGACUUUGGUGAUUGAUUAUAAUGACUGGCUGACAUAGGCAUGGACAUUUUAGGCCUAAGCAGCCAUCUUCUAUGCCUAUUAACCGAGAAAAAACAUGACCAACCAAUAAGAGAAAAAAAAAACUUGAAGACACAUAAAAUAAGAACUACAAUUUAAAAAAAAGAAAACCUUGGCAAGCUUGAUAAAUAUUGAGAGAAAAUGAGGAAAAUAACUAUGAUUUAUAUAUAACAAGGGAAAAUAUAAUCAAGAUAAAUACUGAGAAAAUUUAGAAAAAAAUAUGAAGAAAAUGUAAUAGGAAACUUUUUUUUUUAGCAUCUUAGGUCACCCACGCUGAUGACCUGCCCUCAAUUAGGGUCAAGCUAAAGGGGUACAGGAUGGUUUGCUGACCUUACUUGAGACCUCCUCCCCCCUUUACCCCCCACAACGACCCCUCCCCUUCAAGUAAUCUUAAUUAUUCUUAGAUCCUAAUAGAAAAUAAGUUCUUUUUGAGUUUUAGCCCAAGAUGUGCCUCUAUAAAUAAUACAUGACUAUUUGAUGUAUUGAUUUCUGUCUCUCACGCUGUCUCAUUAUUAUUAUUAUUAUUAUUAUUAUAUUAUUAUUAUUAUUAUUAUUGUUGUCACGAUUGUUUAUUAUCUAUUAUUGUUAUUUUUUUUUUCUUUCAUUCUAAGACUUUUAGUUUUUUUUUCUAUAUGUUUCUUUAUCGUCCGCUUUUCAUCUUCCCUCUCCCUCUCUUAAUUAUUGUGUUUUUCAUGUGUGUAGGUCGAGUGCUCCUAUUUAUCUAUUUAUUUGUGAACGAGUAAAGCAAGGAAAAAAAUAUAAGAAUUGUUAUUCUCUUCCCUUUUCUUUUUUUUUUUCCUUCCUUAAUUCCGUUUCUGCAUUUUCUUUUCUUGCUUCCUUCCUUUCAUCCUUGUUUCUUUCUGCAUUUCUUUCGGAUAGGUAUGUUUCAAAUCUCUCUCUCUCUCUCUCUCUCUCUCUCUCUCUCUCUCUCUCUCUCUCUCUCUCUCUCUCUCUCUCUCUCUCUCUCUCUCUCUCUCUC